AUGGAAGAUGACCUCGAGAGGGCGGUCGAGAUCGCCCUGAGCCAGACAAGCGACAGCCAUGUUCGUGGCCAAGCCAUGGCCUUUUGUGAGCAAGUCAAAGCCGCCAACAACGGCUGGCAGACUUGCUUACAACUCUUCAUGCAAGGCAGUAAAAGGCGCAGUGAUAACGCGCGUUUCUUCGCAUUACAAGUCAUAGAUGAUGCGUUGCGAUACCGGGCGAUGGAGCUGGGAGAGGGAACCCUCAAUCAAAUGCGACUGGCACUGUCAAAAUGGAUCGCUGAGGCUGUUGGAGAAACAGGCUCACCCGAUCCACCCUUCUUGCGCAAUAAGCUGGCGGAAAUUUAUGCGCUGCUCUUUGUGCACCUAUAUCCAACGACGUGGACGACCUUCUUCAAGGAAUGUACUGUCCUCAUGUUUGGCUCAGAACAGGUGCAAUCAACGAGUAAUGCCCGUGCAGUCGACUUCUUCUUCCGCGUGUGCGUCGCAAUCGAUUCGGAAAUCGCAGAUGUCUUGAUUGUGCGGUCGCAGGAAGAAGCAGCGCGCUCUGUCCUCAUCAAAGACGAGAUUCGUGAUCGAGAUAUGACCAAGCUACCACCUAUCUGGUUCGCACUCUUUGCACAGUACCAAGAAUCCGACAAAGGUAUCGUCACACUCGGUCUCAAGGUCGUUGCUGCUUGGGUGUCAUGGAUGGAUAUCAGUCUCAUUGUCAAUGAACCCUUCAUGACCUUUCUAUUUGGCCUCUUGCGUGAUGCAAGUCUACGAAACCCUGCCUGUGAAGCACUCGUCGGUAUCGUCAGCAAGAAGAUGAAUGUCAACGACAAGCUCCAACUCAUCUCGAUGCUCAACCUACCCAAUGUCAUGAAUUCGUUGGAGAGCGAUAUGGAGAAUGACCCAGAUUUUGCAGAGAAUGUCGCCAAGUUGACCAAUGUGCAAUGCGUCGAACUCUCUCGCGCACUCAGCCAAAACAAACUUCCAGCAGAAACGGCGAAUGUCACAAGCAUGAUGAUCUUUAGCCUUGUGCCGACAGUCCUACGCUUCUUGGCGAAUGAGUAUGAUGAGAUUUCCGCGGCUGUGUUUCCAGCAGUCAAUGACAUUAUUACAAUGAUGCGUAAAGUUGGCGUCAAGGACACUGAGCCGCGGCGCAUUUUGACUUCUCUCUUACAAGCUGUCGUGCUCAAGAUGAAGUAUGAUGAGUCGAGCGAAUGGGGCGACGAACAAGACGCCGUUGAGGAUGCCGAAUUCUUGGAAUUGCGCUCGAAAUUGCGGACAUUCCAAGAUAUGAUUCUUGCCUUUGAUUAUGAGCUCUACCUCACCACUGUCAAUGAUCUCGUCAUGUCUACCUUCAAUAACCCGCAAGAGCAAGACUGGCGACAACUCGAGCUAGCCAUGUAUGAGCUCUAUCUAUUCGGCGAAACGCUUCGGACGGGAACCAAAGACCCAGCAGUACGAGAAGUGGCAGCGGCUCAACUUGAUCGAAUGCUUAUGCGCAUGAUGCAAGCAGAUGUCAGUAUCUACCCACACGCGUCGAUUCAAGAUCACUUCUUUGAAAUUGUCGUGCGAUACUCCAAUUUCUUUGAUAAUCGGCCCAAUGAGCUCAUGCAGGCGCUUGGUGCUUUUAUUGAUACACGCGGGUUGCACAAUAAAACGGCAAGUGUACAGUAUCGUUGCUGGUAUCUAUUUUCUAGAUUCAUCAAGGCGCUUGGUGCGAAAUUGGGUGAUGUUGGUCGGCAAGUACUUGAGGCAAUGCAAGAUUUGCUCGUCAUUGAGCUGCCAGAAGAUUCGAACGACAGCGACAGCGAUCUUGGACUCAGCAAGACGGGUCCUUUUGAGCAUCGUCUCAAUCUGUUUGAGGCAGUUGGUUCACUCGUCGCAAAUAAGAGUGUCGCUGAAUCAGAACAAGCGCAACUCGGCCUCGCAGUGCUCGAGCCGCUCUUCAACAAUAUCGAAGCUUGUGUCUCCAAGGCUGUUCCUGGUGACGCUGCCGUCUUAUUUCUACAACGCAAUAUCAUGGCCAUUGGUAAUUUCGCAGCUGGUUUCCCAUCUGAUACGCGCGGCGUGUGUAAGCCUGCAGCUUGCUGGCAUCCGUUAUUUGAGAAAGCGACGGGAUACAUCAUGGCUGCCUUUGAUGCACAGCUUGGCUCAGCACCUGUUCGUGAUGCCACGCGUUUUGCUUUUGCAAGGCUCGUUAAUUUACAGGAACAGCGGAUGGCUGUUGAAUUGCCGAGAUUGAUUGCAGGCAUGGUGGAGAGUAGCGAUACGACUCAAUUGGCCGAGUUUAUGCCAUUUCUGGGACAACUCGUCUUUAAGCUGCGGCCGAGUGUCUUUCCUGUGCUGGACGAAGCCUUGUCGCCUUUACUCAAUAAGCUCUUUACACUGCUGAAUGUAAGCGUACAAGGCACAGACGACGCAGUGGAGUUGAUGGAAUUGCGGAAAGCUUACCUGGGCUUUGUCAAUUCCAUCUUUACAAAUGGUCUUGAGUCCAUCUUUAUCAGUGAAAAGAAUCAACCUGCCUUUGAUGCCUUCCUCAACAGCAUCAUUCACUAUGCAUCAGAUACAAGCGAUCCCAGCACUCAGAAAGUAGCAUUUGGCGUACUGGCUCAAAUGGUACGAGCAUGGUGUCUCUUUACGCUUCCUCCAGAACCAGUUCGACCAGGUCAGCGCGAUCCUGCAGGCAAUGGCGAAUCUAAAGUAUCUGCUGAACAAGUACGCACCCCGCUACCCGGUUUCGAGGACUAUGUCAAGAAUACCUUGGUACCCCUUUGCUUUGAGGUACCGAGCAAGUCUUCGUUUGAUUUGCGCGAUGCACAAAGUUCACAGGUCUUGGGUGAGAUUGCUGCGCUCAUCAAGCAGAUUGCUCGACAACUUGGCACAGAUGUGAUUCUGCAGUCACUGGUACAAGCUGGCGUACCACAGCAAGCGGCAGAUGAGCUCGGCACGGCGAUGAAGGAGCUAGAACCGAAACGCUUCAAGACACUCUUCCGACAAUUCAUGAUUCAAAUGACGAGCUCUUGA